AUGGAUUACGCAGCCGAAGAUAGCCAAAAUUCUGCACCUGGCAGUGUCCAAGCGGCUAAGCUUGGUGGCACACGGAAGGGCCCAGAUGCACAGAGUGUGACAAAAAGAUUGCAGACAGAGCUUAUGCAGUUGAUGACCUCGCCUGCCCCUGGUGUUUCGGCCUUCCCGUCGGCGGAUGGAAACUUGAUGUCCUGGUCCGCGACGAUCGAGGGUCCUGACGAUACUCCAUAUGCUGGUCUUACCUUCAAGCUAUCCUUCUCUUUCCCGACCAAUUAUCCCUAUGCCGCACCGACAGUCUUGUUCAAGACGCCUAUCUACCACCCUAAUGUAGACUUCUCCGGCCGCAUUUGCCUAGAUAUUCUAAAGGACAAGUGGACCGCUGCGUACAACGUUCAGACCGUCCUGCUAAGUCUGCAAAGUCUUCUCGGAGAGCCGAACAACUCUUCCCCAUUAAAUGGCGAGGCUGCGGAAUUAUGGGAUAAGGAUGCAGAGGAAUUCAAGAGGAAAGUGCUAGGUCGUCACCGCGAUGUAGACGACGAUUAG